UCAUUACUCGGUUAUCAUCGGGCCAGUUCGGAUCACUCGUGUGCUAGUGUAGAUGUGGAUGUACGAGUGUGUACUUGAGUUUAAAUUUUAUUCUCGUAGUUGACUAGUAUCAAGUAAAGCAGAGUGGGGUCUAGUGGGGUGUUGGUGUUGGGUAGGAAAGCAACAGAGAGCAAAGAGCUGAACCUUAGCAGCAGUAAUCAGCAGCAGUAUUGGUCUCUCUGUUGGUUGAUUUGGUAGAGUUUCAUUUCGUAACGGGAGAGUUGGGUGUGAACGUUUCUACACAUUCUAAGUUCCCUAUUUUUAUUAUUAUUAUUAUUAUUAUUAUUAACAUAAUAAUUUUUAGUUGUUAUCAAAGUAAACGACAAGACAAGAAGUAGUAAAAGGCGAGUGAGUAUCAGCGGCAAUAAAAACGAAAAAGAGAAAUAUUUAAAAAAAAAAGAAAAAAUAGUGGCUGUGGCUGUGCUGUGAAAUCAGUGUGAGCGGUUUGCUAGCACACGCAUCGGUCAUGGUAUUGGAAUAGGAGAAACGAGAAAACUUAAUCAAGAUUUUAAAAUAUUACACCAGUACCGUCAGCAAUAACAAUAAUAAUUAUUAAAAUAGUAAUAAAAAAUCCUAAAUACGCUGGAGAGAUAAUUUCUCGUUGUAAAUUAUGUGGGAUUCUGUCGCAGGAUUACAAUCAGCCACACGUCUAGUCAGCUGACAUAUUGCGCCCUGCUACACCACAGUAGCCUUCGGUAAACGUAAAGUGACAGCCAGUUGUGGACAAACGAUUGACGCACGAAAUACCAUAAAAAUUAAAACAAACCGAGGAUACUGCAAUUGAAGAAAAUAAAACAAUAAGCGAGAUAAAAUAAUAAAUAAAUAGAGACUUUUAUCUAAAUCAACAAGUUGAAAGUUGAGUUAAUAAACAUAAUAAAUAAAUAAAUAAAAUAAAAUGGAGCGUGAGUCAAACCCGAUGCAAGCAUUGUGUCGCAGCGGCUGUGGAUUCUACGGCUCACCAGCCACCGAUGGCCUUUGCUCUCUCUGCUUCAAAGAGAACCUCAAGAAGAAACAACAACCCCCUGUCUCUGCGGCAACUGUCUCAGCCUCACAAACUGUGUCCGGCAACUCCGGGUCGCUGCAGAGUUUCAGUAGUCCAGCAUCUGCGGGUACCACUGCCCAGCCAACCAUUCCCACAAUUCCACAGUCCACGACAGAUUUGUCAAGUCCCAAAGAGGUAAAUAGGGACGAACAGGAAGCUGAAGGUGGAGUAAGUGGCGGGGCAGCUGAAGGUUCGGUCAGCAGUGGCGACACGGAUGACUGCUUUGAUGGAAAAGAGACUGACAAAGAAUUCAAAAAGAAGAAAAAUCGUUGUGUUGUAUGCCGCAAGAAAGUUGGCUUAACUGGAUUUGAAUGCCGCUGUGGUGGAUUAUUCUGCUCUGUGCAUCGAUACAGUGACAAACACGAUUGCAAGUUCGAUUAUAGAGAAAUGGGUGCCCAAGAAAUUCGGCGUAACAAUCCAGUUGUUGUUGGUGAAAAAGUGCAAAAAAUUUGAACUAUUUUAGUGUGUAGUCGUUGGGAAAAUGGUUAUAACUAUAUAAACAAAACAAAAUAUUAUAAUAAUUAAAUAAAAAAAACAAAAAAACAAAAAAAAAAAAAAAAUGAAAAAAAAAAUUAUAAAAUAAAAAAAAAAACAAAAAAAAAAUUAAAAUUAAGCAUGAAAAUAACGAGAUAAAUUAUCUGGCAGCUGAUUGCACACUGGGAAUGGGAUAUGAUUAAUAAUAAUAAUUAAAAAAAAAAAACAAGUAAAAAUUAAUACAUGAAAUGUAUGGAUGUACAAGUGAUUGAUUGUAAAGGUUUGCUGUGAGAAUGUCAUUUAAAAAAAUGGUUAUGAUUAUUAUAAAUAAAUAAUAACAAUCAACAAAAUAAAUGAACAUUCAGUGUAUUUCGGAUGUGGGUAGACAAAGUUAUUAAACAAAAAUUUUAAACAAAAUUCUAUAUGUAUGUAUGUAAGAAUGAGUAAAUUAAAAUAUGAGUGUCAGUGCCAUGUCGGAUUGUCAUCUGAGUUUUAAAAUGCGAAAAAAAACAUCUGGUUAAUUGCUGCCAGUUUAUUAUAAUUAUUAUUAUUAUUAUUUUAUCUAUCAUUAUUAUUAUUAUUAUCUAUUAUUAUAAUAUUAUUAUUAUUAUUAUUAUUAUUAUUAUUAUUAUUAUUAUAACAGCUAUGGUUUAUUAUUAUAUAUAAUAAUUAUUAAUUUACUUAACAGAAAAUCAUCUGAAAAUAGUUAAAUUUAAAAAGCAGUUAAAUUUAAGUAGACUAAAUUCCUGGUGCAGUCAGUCAGUCAGAAGUUAAUCUUGUUGAAGAGGCAGUCGAUUGGAUCCAGUCGAGGAAGCCGAGCUAUGCGCGAAAAAAUGUUUUCACUUGUAUCAAUUAUUAUUAUUAUUAUUAUUUUUGUUUCUAUAUAUUUAGUAAAGGGAGUGUUGUUUAGGCAAUGACUGACGUUGAUGGGUGAUCACAAUUAUAGAUUAAUUGGUAGUCUAAUAACUAUUAAGUAUAUUAGCCGAUUGAUUCAUAAAUAAUGCAAUGAAGUAUAAGUAGUAACUGUGUGUUUAUGUCCAAUCUCACGAAGAAUAUAACGAGCAUUAUUACUCAUUAAAAACAAAAAAAAAAUGUUUUAAAUUACAUGCGAAUGCUUAUUUACGCGAAUUAAAUACCGAGUUUUUUUUUUUAAUUUUUUUUUUUUUUGUAAUUAAAUAAUUAAAAAUUUAUUAAAUUAAAUAAAUGAAAAAUGAUAAAAGAUAUUUAAAAUUUAAAAAUAAAACCCUUGGCUUGCCAAAUGCAGUACGUUCAGCGUAUUGUCAUUGCUUGGAACUGCAAUAAAUAAUUUUAUUCAUGGAUUUUUGUUUACACAAUUGUUAGAGUGUUAAUUAUUAUUAAUUAUUAAUAUUAUUCAAUA